CUGCCACAGUUUGGGGUCAACGCGUUACGGUGCUUUUGUUUGCCUUUUGUUUGUAUGUGUCUCUAUAAAAGCAUCGUUUUGGCAACAUUUCGUGCAGACAUUAUUUUUUUAUGGCACAGCUAUUACGAGUAAAGUUAUCAUACUUAUUGUUUGUUAAGUAAUAUGAUAUUCAGCUCAAGUUAAGUUUAGUCAGUUCUACUGCAAAAGUCGUAUAGGUUUUAUUAUCUUCGUAAAUAUUUAGUGUUUUACUUUUACAAGAUGAUAUUUGUGUACAUAUCCCUAAUCUUCCUGUCCAGCCUCCACCUGAUAGCCGCGUAUCCGAAAGGGAAGAUCCACCUCGCACUGGAGCAGGCAAUGCUAAAGAAGCUCCACAAACCCUGGCACACAAUCGACAAAGCCCCCGAACACCCCAGAAAAGGGGAAUUCGCCUGCAAAGGGGGAGUAUGCAAGACUAAAACCCCCUGCAAGGACUGCCAGGGACCAGUACCUUUGGACGUAAAUUGGGAUUACAUUAAACAUUGAAGAUUUA